AUGAUGUUCCGGGAUCAGGUGGGGAUCGUGGCGGGGUGGUUCAAGGGCUGGAACGAGUGCGAGCAGACGGUGGCUCUGCUCUCGCUGCUGAAGCGCGUCACCCGCACCCAGGCCCGCUUCCUCCAGCUCUGCCUCGAGCACUCGCUGGCCGACUGCGCCGACAUCCACCUCCUCGAGGCUGAGGCCAACAGCGCCGCCGCCAUCAGCCAGUGGCCGCAGGAGCCGGCGGAGGCGGCGGUGGCCCUGCUCCUGGCCCACCUCCCGCUCCUGCAGCCGGGGAACGCUGCCGCCAAGGCCGAGUACAUGAAGCGGCUGCAGAAGAUCCUGGCGUACGCCAUCGAGAGCAACCGCUGCGUGGAGGAGAGCCGGCAGCUCCUCUCCUACGCCCUCAUCCACCCCGCCACCACCCUGGACGACCGCAGCGCCCUGGCCCUCUGGUUGGGCCACUUGGAGGAACGUUUGGCCGGCGGCAGUGGCCCCCCGGCGCGACCCCCUCGCCCCGACGCCCCUCGGCGGCCGCCGCCUCCCCACGAGUGGCCCGAGCACGCAGCCCCCGAGCUGGGGCCGGCCUGGCCCGAGGCGGCCCCCCGGGAGAACGGGCACCCGCCCUUCCACCCCACUGCCAGCGGCAACGGCCUGGGGGGAGCGGCUCUGCCCUGCCAGCUGCACCCCAGCCCGCUGAAGCGCUCCCUCUCGCUGGUGCCCGGCAGUCCCCAGGGAGGGGGAAACGAGUGGCCAGGGGGGGGUGACGAGCCCGCCGUCCCCGUCCCCCCCCGCCCCGCCUUCGGGGACCACGCGCCCCUCUCGCCCCAGAGCAGCGUGGCCUCCUCGGGCAGCGAGCAGACGGAGGAGCCGGCCGGCGGCCGCAACACCUUCCAGGAGGACGGCAGCGGCAUGAAAGAUGUCCCCUCCUGGCUGAAGAGCCUGCGGCUGCACAAGUACGCGGCGCUCUUCUCCCAAAUGACGUACGAGGAGAUGAUGACGCUGACGGAGCAUCACCUCGAGUCGCAGAACGUCACCAAGGGCGCGCGGCACAAGAUCGCCCUCAGCAUCCAGAAGCUGCGGGAGCGGCAGAGCGUCCUCAGGGCGCUGGAGAAGGACAUCCUGGAGGGGGGCAACCUGUGGACAGCGCUGCAGGAGCUCCAGCAGAUCAUGGUGACCCCCAUCAAGGCCUUCCGGCCCCCCCCGGCCGCCCCCCCCCCCAAACGGCACCCUGACGGGGCCCCCCCGGGGGCCACCGAUGCCUUCGCCCCCCACCCGGCCGCCGACGCCGAAGCCCCCGCCGCCCCCGUCCCCGACGGGGACAUCCCAGGGCAGUUCACCCGCGUCAUGGGCAAAGUGUGCACCCAGCUGCUGGUGUCGCGGCCGGACGAGGAGAACAUCACCAGUUACCUCCAGCUCCUCGAGAAGUGCCUGAGCCACGAGGCGUUCACGGAGACGCAGAAGAAGAGGCUCCUCUCCUGGAAGCAGCAGGUCCUGAAGCUGCUCCGCGCCUUCCCCAAGAAGGUGCCGCUCGACGGCCCGGGCUAUCGGCCCCCCAAGGGCUGGGCCUUCGGCUCCAACUCGCUCCCCAUAGCUGGCUCUGUGGGGGGGGCGGGGGGGCGGCGGGGGCAGCGCCCCUUCGCGUUGCCCCCCCGCGCGCUGCCCCCCACCCGCCUGGGGCUGCUGGGGCCUGCCGGGGGGGCCCCCGCCCCCCGGCCCCCUCUCGGCGGCCCCCCCCUCGGCACCCAGGGACGCCAGAGCCUGUGGUUCGGCAGCGGGGGGGCCGGGGGCUCCCCGGGGAGCCGCAGCGCGGUGCAGCGCACCCACUCGCUGCCCGUCCACACCUCUCCCCAGGCCCUGCUCGCCUUCCCCCAGGAGUGUCCCCUCCCUGGCACUGACCUGGAGAUCAACCCCACGCUGGAGUCGCUGUGCCUGAGCAUGACGGAGCACGCGCUGGGCGAUGGCACAGACAAGACCUCCACCAUCUGAUGGCGCCGCCCCCCUCCCCAAAUAGGGGGGUCACACCCUUAACACCCCCCCCCCCCGGGGGGGGGCACCCCCUCCAUGACCAGUCACCCUCAGUGCCCCCCCGGGGGAGACCCUAAAAUAAGCAGGGGGGGGAAUUAACCCCCCUGCCCCCCCCUCCCCAGGCCGGGGGGGAGGGGCGCAGGG